CUCCUUUUCUCCUCCCCUUGUCCCCCCUUUUUGCUCCCCUUUUUCCCCCUCCCUUUUUUUCUCCCCGAAAUUACGAAAAAGGGGGUAAAAGUGGGCAAGGCUGCAGGGCUCUGGCAGCAGCAGCAGCAGAGGCCUCCUUCCCUCAGGAAAAUUGUGAAAAGAUAUGAACCACUACCCCAGGAGUAAUGGCCUCGCAAGAAUUUACCGUGUUAUAUACGCAUCAGAAGACAAAGAAGGCCAAAAUAUGGCAAGAUGGAAUUUUAAAGACCAACACGGGAGGAAGUAAGGCAACUUUAUAUGAUGACAAAGGCCAGUCUUUGGAGAGUAUAUUUCUGAAACAACGUGAGGUGAAACCCGGCGAUGACUUAGAAAGCGAUCGAUUCUUAAUCACAGUUGAAGAGAUCAAAGUUGAUGAAAGCAAUGUCAAAAAAGAAGCUUUCAUGUUAAAUACAAGGGAGAUGAAGAAAAUCUACGGCCUCUCUUUACCCUAUCAACCCGCUGGCUUAAAAAGGAAGUUUACGGGCUUCCAAGGGCCUCGUCAAGUGCCAAAGAGAACGGCCACCCCGGGAGAUGGUGCAUCAACCACAUCCUAUCUUACUAAGGAGGUUCGCCCUGCCUCUCCUCAGUUCUACCGUACGUCACCAUUGUUCUCUACUACUCACAAAACCACUGCAGAAACUCCCUUGUCCACAGAUCCAGAGAGCGUUGUCGUGGGCGAGUUCAGCGAGGGACGAAGCAAGACAGUCUCUUUUCCUCCGUCCACUCCUGUCCAGCUAAACCAGCACACAACACACGAUGGCAGUGAAUUUUGUUCCACCUUCGAUGCUGGGAAUAUACCGUCGGACUCUUCUAAGGAUAGGAAAAGUGGUGAUGAGACAGCUGGAGAGUCAGUAGUCUCCCGAAACAUCAGAAGCAAAGCACAGAUUUUAGCUUUGCUGAGGUCCAAGUCAUCCCCUAACUUUGAGGAGCUAAACACCAGUGAUAUUACAAAGCAGCUGCCCUGUCAACAGCCGUCAGAAAGAGCGGAGGGUUCGGAUGAACAAAAGCUCACGGAUGAGCAUGAGAACCAGAAGACGAACUCAGAAUGUGUCGAUCCUCAACGACAUAAUGUAAGUAACACUGAAAGUUAUGGAAGUCGAUGGGAUAUAUAUUUACCACAGACUUCGUCUUCACAGAUUUGUAAUGGAAGUGAUUUAGAAGGGAGCCCCAAAGAACCGGGUGACCGUUUAAACUUAGAUUUGCACCAUCAUUAUAGCCAAAAGGAUACAGACCUUUCUACAGCUUCCUUGCGAGCUACUGAAAAAAGGUUGACAGGUGAUUAUGACCAGCUCAUAAUAGAUGAUGACCGUGACGGACCUGCCUGGGGUAGGAAGCUAGAUUUUCAAGAGUCUUCGUUCUAUGAAAGUGACCAGCCGGCAAAUUCACCAGAUGCCUGUCACGUUGAACGGAACGAAUGCUUAUUAUCUGACUCCAGCCUGAAGAGAGACAGUGAAAUACUUCCUAUUCUUGAUCGUUCGAGAUGUCAAGAGAAGCCGGUCACCUUUGGAGGAAGUUCUUGUGAGGGAAAUGGAAUUGCAGUAAAAGAGAUGAACAAUCUAGAAGUUGUUCCUCUGUUCCCAACUGAUUCUGCAAGCGAGGGAAAUGAUUCUGGGAUUUCUGAAAUUGUCACAGGCUUUACUUCCCAAACUGGAGUUGAAAAUGAAGACUCGAAUACUUGUACAGUCACAGCAAAAUCUUUCUUGCAGGUUACUUUUAACCUGGGCAGUUUUGACAUGACCGACCCUGAAAUAGGAUUUUCCAGCAUUCCCCUGGAUUCUGAGGAUUGGUCUAAGGGGGCUCUGGCAAGGGUCGGGGAGCUAAGUGCUGGAAGCGAAGGUGGGACUGAAUGUAGCAGUCUGGAAGUGGAUAGUGAAUGUUUAGCAGCCUUGGAAGCUAUCGAUUGUAAGCUUAAAGAAUCAGCCUUGGAAACUAUUGAUUGUAAGUUUAAGGAGUCCGCCUUGGAAGCUAUUGAUGAUCAGAUGAAAGAAUCUCCAAGGGCACAACUUUGUGCUAACACAUCCAUAAUCUUGGGCGAAAAUGAAAAAAAUCACAGAGACUCUUCCUUGAUUGAUCUAAACUAUUCAAAAAUGGAGAACCGUGCAAAAGAGGGGUCAAGGGGGACACUGAACCCUGAAACUUUAGUCAGAAAGACCAACUCUGACUUAUCUUCAAGGCAAAAAACUAAUGAUUUGUUGGUGAGCGAUGAAGAGGAUUAUGAUAGAUUUAUUCAUAAUGGCCGGAUUGACAGCAUUUGCGAUGGAAAAGUAACCAGAUCUGAAGAGACCAAAACAGUUUCUCAUCACCUUUCCCUUCCGAGCACAACUGUAGACCCAAAUCUUCCAAAUAAUUCCCCACCCUCUGAAGACACUCUUUACCAAAACAGUGUUUUAGGAAUUUCCUGGGAUAAUGAUGAUGAUGAUGAUGGCAGCCGGAUGGUGGUUUUACCACUAGCUUCUAACAGAGGUGGCACCUCAUCAAUCUUAAAUAUUACUGAAAGUCAUCCUGGAUGUCACAUGCUUGAUAUGACAAGUAUUCCUGUUUCCAGCACUUAUCCUAACUCUCUGGUAAAAGAACACUUUGUUUCUGAAGAAGUGGAAGUGGUGGAAGAAUUUGAAGAGAUGAGAAACACUGGAAAUUCAAUCUUUGAAACUCAAAAAUUAGAAACCUUGAGAGACUGCAUGGAAACUGGGGGUGCUUCUGGAAAUUCCUCUCAGCUUUCUGAGUUUGCAAAGAGUCUCUCAGAUUUAAAAUUCCCGAUUGAACCCCAGACUGCUUCGAAUAGCUUAGAAAUAUUGAGACAGAAAAAAUCCAAUUUGAAACAUCGAAGAGGGCAGACAAGCGAUCCAGAUAGAAGUCCCGAAGGGGCAUCUCUCCUUUCCUAUGAUGAAGUGGCAACAGUACAAAGGAUAUCAACCCAGCAAAGCAAGCAAAACAGGGCUAAGAAGCCAUUAGUAGCAGUAAAUUAUUCAGAAGAUGUUCCCAAGUCCUUCUGCAUGUGGCAGGAUUCUCCUGAAUCGAAUCCGUUGACAUCACAAGAAAACCAAGAUGAAAUUUUGAUCAAGCCUUAUAAAUCCUUUGAUGCUUUGGAGCCUUCCUUGGAAAAUGAUGUACCCUUGCCUUUUCUGACAAAGAGGAUAAACUUGGAGCCUAAGCCAGUUGAGUUUCAGGGGCACCAGGUCAAAGGAUCAGCUACUAGUGAGGUCAUGGUUAGAAAACCUUGCUCGCCGCUAAGAUGGACUCAAUAUUCAAAUAGUGUUGAAUGUGAAAACAUCCCAACAACCAUUUAUUUUUCAUCACAGUUGCCUAUCAGUUAUAUGCCAAUUCAUUUCGAACAGUCCUCAGAUUCAGAACUGUUUCCAUGUGGAAAUCUGAGUUUCACAAGACAAGAUGAUUUUCAAGUAGCACCCAAAUUUACUAUGGAGCCAAUUGAUAAUGCAGCUUCAAUUCAGAAUUUCCCUUUUAGAGAUUCAGAGUACACUGUUCCAUCUCAUUCUUCAGGUUAUAAUUUGCCACGGACAGAGUGGACUUCUGGAAAGACAAUGAAGGUUUUAUCACCAUUGCAAAAGGUUCCAACAUUAUGGCCAGAUUCUCCCUCUUCAAUGUCAGGAAAUGAAAUCUCUGAAAUGAACAGACCUGAAGAGCGUCUGAAAGCAAGAGCUGUAUUUGAUGACACUGAAAAUUCAGAACACCUUUUUGGGAUGAAUAAACCCAGUCAUGCGGGGAACGUAAGCCUUCCCCGCUUCCCAUCCGCACAGAGAGUCCGAACUCCUCUCAUCACUCUACCUCCACCUGAAGGUUCCCAGUCGAAUAUCCCAUAUUCGAAUGUGAUUGAUUCUGACCCCCAAGAGACCUUUGGUUCCCCCACACUCACCCUGUUUGAGGAGUCAGAAGGUCUCCCUAUGAGCCAUUUUGAGCCUGAGGACAGGAAGAGCGAAAUCACUCUCUCUGGAAAGUCUUUGGAGGAGAGCCCAAGGCAACUAACCCAGCCAGCGUUCACUAAUGUGCCCACACAAAGCCAACAAAGCAAGUGGCUGAAAUAUCAAAUCACAGCUCGGUGUAACUUAAUUACUCCAAACAGUGAUGAUACAAAAGUGACGGAUGACUUCUCGGCGGAAAGUGAUUCAGGAAUGCCGUCCGGCAACACCACGGAGUGGCCGAGGGGUGCUAGAAAUAAAAGCCCUUCAGAUUCUGUGCAUUUGCAGAUGUUAAAAGGUGUGAUUCAUCAACAGGAGCAGAUUUUUAGCAGUCAAGAUUCUGUUUCCGGAAGGAAGGCACUUUCUCCAGCGUCAGCUUCCAAAGCGGAGAAAACACGAAAGGUGUUGGGUCAGCAGGCCUUCUAUGGUCGCAUUGUAACAGGAGAUGCCCAGGAGAUAAAUGUCUCUGAGCUCUCCUUUCCGAGCAGGAAAAGGAUCAAAUGUGCCUCUCUUCCCAAAAGACAAGUAUGCAUACCAGCUGUUUUCUCAUCUCCUGCUCAUUAUAAAGAGGUUUUUACUGCUGCUCUCACAGAACAUUUAAAUAUACUGUUGUUUGAGUUGUCCCAAAGAUUGCAUAAAGCUUUUUCGAAAGUCGACAUAUCCUUUUAUACUUCCAUGAAAGAAGAAACUAAGAAAAAAUUAGGAAAUCAUGUUCCUCUCUGCCGUCACAAUCAGCCUACAAAACUUGUCAUGGUUAAAAAAGAAGGUCCAAAUAAGGGCCGUCUCUUUUAUACUUGUGACAGCCCAAAAGCUGAUCAGUGUAAUUUUUUUAAAUGGUUUGACGAAGCCACCCCAACUAAUUUGAUGCAAGUGGAGUCUGGUCCCAGUCUGGUGCUGCAUGACAUAAAGAGUAUUGGAACUUACUUACGAUGCCAAAAGAUUCCCCUGUAUGAGGAAUGUCGGCUUUUGAUAAGAAAAGGAUAUGAGUUUCAGAGGAGACAAUUUGGCAAAUCCAAGAAAUUUGGCAUUUCAGAUGCCUCACUUCACAGUGACUCGAAAAGGAAACUGUAUCUUAAACUGAGUAGGAAGGAGAAUUCCUCUUCGUACAACAAAGAUGAUCUCUGGGUAAUUUCAAAAACCCUAGACUUUGAAUUGGAUACUUUCAUCGCAUGCAGUGCUUUCUUUGGACCAUCAUCCAACGAUGAGUUGGAGCUGAUACCUCUGAAAGGCUUUUACCCUUCAAACUGGCCUUGCGAUGUGGUGGUUCAUGCGUUGCUGGUUUGUAAUGCAAGUUCAGAGUUGACCAGUUUGAGAAAUAUGCAGGAAUACUUUUGUCCCUCCACUCUUCCUCUAAUGCAGUACUUGCUAACACUGUCUUCUCCAAGUGAACCUACUAAUAAAAGAAUAAACCCGAGAAAAUUUAUCCCGCCAGCCUUCAGUGCAAAUAUAACUAAGAGCCAUAGUCUUCUCAGCUCAGAAGCAGCAUUACAACUAGCCAGUCAAGUGAUUCAGUCAUUUCAACUGAACCCCGAUCAAGCUACCGCUCUAAUUCAGAUCGCUCACAGGAUGGCCUCCUGUGAAAGUGUUGCUGAACCAGCGGAACAAUACACCUUACCUAUCACCGUCAUACAUGGUGUUUUUGGAGCUGGAAAGAGUUAUCUGCUGGCAGUGGUGGUUUUGUUCCUUGUACAGCUCUUUGAAGAGAGUGAAAGGCCCACAAGUCCAAAUCCAAGAUCAUGGAAAAUUCUGAUCUCCUCCUCUACUAAUGUUGCUGUGGACAGGGUACUUCUUGUGCUACUCAGUUUGGGAUUUGAAAAGUUUAUCAGAGUUGGGAGCAUUCGGAAAAUUGCCAAGCCAAUUCUACCAUACAGCUUACAUGCUGGCUCAGGAAAUGAAAAUGAGCAAUUAAAAGAGCUACAUGCGUUAAUGAAAGAAGACUUGACUGCUGUGGAGAGGGUAUAUAUAAGAAAAAGUAUUGAAAAGCACAAGUUGGGCACCAACAGAGAACUACUAAAACAGGUACGAGUAGUUGGAGCUACCUGUGCAGCCUGCCCAUUUCCAUGCAUGAAUAAUCUUAAAUUCCCAGUAGUCAUCCUGGAUGAGUGCAGUCAGAUCACAGAACCCGCGUCUCUUCUUCCCAUUGCCAGGUUUGAGUGUGAAAAAUUAGUUCUUGUCGGAGACCCUAAGCAGCUGCCUCCAACAAUUCAAGGUUCAGAUUGUGCUCACGAUAAUGGAUUGGAGCAGACUCUUUUUGACCGGCUCUGCACAAUGGGUCAUCAUGCGGUUCUUCUGCGAACACAAUAUCGCUGUCACCCCGCCAUCAGUGCCAUAGCCAACGACCUGUUCUAUGAAGGAAACCUGAUAGAUGGCAUUUCAGAAAGGGACAGAAGCCCUUUAUUGGAUUGGUUACCAACACUGUGUUUCUAUAACGUUAAUGGAACGGAACAGAUCGGAAGAGAUAACAGCUUUCAUAACCUGGCAGAAGCUGCUUUUACACUCAAAUUGAUUCAGUCACUGAUUGCGAGCGGAAUAGAGGCAUCAGCGAUUGGCGUGAUAACUCUGUACAAAUCACAGAUGAAUCAGCUUUGUAAUUUAUUCAGUGCUGGACACUCAGAUUAUCCCAAUAUUAAAGCCGUUCAGGUGUCCACUGUAGAUGCUUUUCAGGGAGCCGAGAAGGAGGUCAUCGUACUGUCUUGUGUGAGGACAAGGCAAUUUGGAUUCAUAGAUUCCGAAAGAAGAACGAAUGUUGCGCUGACAAGGGGGAAGAGGCACUUGUUAAUCGUGGGCAACGUGGCCUGCUUGAAGAAGAACAGACUGUGGGGAAAUGUAAUCCAACAUUGUGAAGGAAGAGCUAAUGGAUUGCAACAUUCAAGUCAGUAUGAAGCACAGCUGAAUCAUCUACUUAAAUGUCAUUUGGAGAAAAAAGCAAAGGAGCAAGAAGAAAGAAGUAGCCAAAAGGAGAAAUCUGGAGAUCAUUUUUGUCCACCAAAAGGCAUGAAAUAGAAAUUCCAAGUUUUGUGAAGUAUGAUGGUUUUUAAAAAUGAAUUGCACUUUUCAAAUUCUCCCUAUUCACUGUAAUUUUUUCCUAGUGUUUUAAGACCUUGAUAACAUAUGUUUCUGUAUAUUUGUCACAAUUGCAAAAUAUUUACAGCCAGAGGAGGAAGUAGGGGCCAAGUAUUCAUGUUUUUAGUACCUUUUAUUUGGAUAGUAAACCUUAUGUUAAUUAUUUAAGAACUUAUAAAAGGCAUUCUGUAGGGGAAAAUGUUUCUGAAGAAUGUAUCCAAAAAUCCAGAUUCUUGGUCACCUGCCUACUCCUUUCAGAACAAAUUUCACCUACUUCUUUCAAAACAAAUUUCACCGUACUACUCAUCAAAACACUUAGAGGCUUGCAUUGUUCAAGGAACAUGUUCUUUCUUGAGUAUAUGGACAAUGGCUAUUUUGAAAUUUGUAGUGCCGUAUUUCUGACUUUUGUGGUUGACUGAUCUACCCCUUCAAAAUUGUUGCCAGUGUUGUGUUUUACACAGGGCUAGGCAGUGUCUUCUUAAGGGAAAACCAAAGGGGCAAUCUGUAGUCUAUAGUCAUCAAGUCUUUGCCCUUCAUUCAAGGUUUUAAACUUUCAAACCACAACUUUAGAGCCCGCUUUUGGUAGCUCCCAGACUAGUAUUCAUAUUCAAACCAUUCCUGUUUUGCCUCCAUUGAAAAAAUUUAAAAAAAACCAAACUCUGUGUACUGUUAUGUUCUGGUUUUCUAAUGAUUUCAUUUCAAAACUACUGGGAAUAAUAUGCGUCGGUUGUAAAUGAUAAAUUAUCUGUAAAUUGAUAGUUCUAUGUACUGAAAGUUCAAUUAAACGUAUGUACAUCUACGGAA